AUGAAGGUGACUUUCUGCAGACUUCACAUUCACCAGUAGUGUUUCAUUCUAUUUAAUGUCAUCCUAUUUCAUGCCUUGCUUUUUGGGGCUGACUUUGUAGAAGAAUACUUUCUGCGUUCUUUGCCUUAUAUAGAUAUGAAAGUUCUUGAAAUUAAGGACAAGGCAAGAAAAUUGAAUAUGGAGCCCCUAAGAAGUAAUCUCUCCAAAUACUAUGUCCUGAGCCAGUCAGAGGUAUGUAAAGGGAAGAACAUUUUCUUGCUCUCUCUUAUCUUCAGUAGCCCAGGAAAUGGAACGACAAGGGACCUCAUUAGGAAAACCUGGGGUAAUAUGACCAGUGUCUGAGGGCACCCUGUUCUCACACUGUUUGCUUUGGGAAUGCCUGUUUUGGUACCUACCCAGAAAGAGAUAGACAAGGAGUCCCAUAAAAAUAAUGAUAUAAUUGAAGGAGUCUUCUUGGACAGUUCUGAGAACCAAACCCUGAAGAUCAUCACAAUGAUACAGUGGGCUGUGACUUUCUGCCCUAAUGCCCUGUUCAUUCUCAAGGUGGAUGAAGAAAUGUUUGUCAAUUUACCAAGCUUGGUUGACUAUCUUCUCAAUCUGAAAGAACACUUUGAAGAUUUCUAUGUAGGAAGAGUUAUCCAUCAGGUUAUACCCAACAGAGAUCCUCGUAGCCAAGCAUUUGUCCCUCUUAGUGAGUACCCAGAGAAAUACUAUCCAGAUUACUGCAGUGGUGAAGCCUUUAUAAUGUUCCAAGAUGUGGCUCGACUGAUGUAUUUGGUUUUCAAAGAAGUACAUGUUACGGUGCCUGCUGAUGUGUUUAUAGGAAUUUGUGCUAAAUCCGUUGGCCUUAUACCCAUCCACAGUUUAAGGUUUUCUGGUAAAAGGCACAUCAGAUACAACAGAUGCUGCUGUAAGUUCAUUUUUACAUCCUCAGAAACUGCAGAUGCUGAAAUGCCUCUGGCAUGGAAGGAAAUUAAUGAUGGGAAAGAAUGUACACUGUUUGAGACUUACUAUGGGCUAAUUUCCUGCAAACUUCUCACGUACCUUGAUGGUUUUAAACAUUUUCACAUGGAGACCAUAAAAAACAAUGCCAUGUAUUUUGUUGAUUAGAAUUUCUUUGAUUUUUUUUCCUUAUGUGUGUUAUUUCAAAAUUACCUUGUACCCUGUUAUAUAAAGCAUCU